UUGUGAGGUUUGUUGCCUGUCAGUGGUCACAGGGCUUGUAUUGUGUGUCUGACGGCUGGCAUGGAUGGAAGGUGCUUUGGUUGUGCUUCCAAGUUUUCUAUAUUCAAAAAAGAGUGUGGCUGUAAGUCCUGCCGGCACGCGUUCUGUGCGGGAUGCCUUGCGUUCACAGCGCUUUUACCUGCGUACGGUAACACCAAGCAGAAGGUCUGCAAGAAAUGUCACGACAGUAUCAACAAUGCCAAGACACCAAGGAACGAUGCAUCUAAAUGGUCUCCCCCAGAGAAUUACAAGAAGAGAAUGGCAGCCCUGGAAGCCAAGCAAAGUCUGAAUAAAGAGAUGCAGAAAGGUCAAGGGCAGUUAUGUACUGGAAACAACGCCCGGUAUCAGGGGUUGUCUCCAGAAGACCACGCUAUUGCAGAACGACUGGCAAAACUCAAGCAGGAAACCAAACCUAAAGCAAUCCCUUCCACUGCUGAAAUAGAGUCCAGGAUAGAGGCUUUACGUAAGGAGACACAAGCACCUGCCCCGUCCUUGCAAGAAAUGGAAGAUCGACUCGCUGUAUUACAAGGGAGGGUUCCACCAUCUACAGCAACCAAGCCGCAACAUCAAGCACCUGAUACCAGAAGCCAAACACAAAAAGUAGACGACCUGCUAACCCAACUGAAAGAUGAGGUAGCCAUAGAUCAAAAGUGUGACCCAGAUUCUCAGCAAGAAUUCCCUUCUCAACCUGUAAAUGACCUGGGUAAGGCGGAUAAUGUGGAUGGCUGGACGGGCCUUUAUACUGAAUUAGAUGCGGCACAGCUGGAAAAGGAAAAAGAGAGGAUUUUGAGCAAAGCAGCAAUAGAACUGCAAGAUGAGAACACGAGGCAAGAGAAAAUGUUGGAGAUAGCGAAAAGGCUGGCAGCACUACAAGGGAGAGAUCCUGAGACAGUAACUAUGGACAACUUGAAACUACCGGAUAGUGAUGAAGAAACAGAGGAGGAAGCGGUGCAGAGGAUUCUGAAGCAGCUGUCUGAAGAAGUUUUUUUGGACAAAGCAAGUGGCUAUAAUGAUCUCUCCGAUCAAACGAGAACUGCCAGCAACCACAAAGAGGUGAAAGCGGGAAACAAACAGCCCUCAGCGCAAAAGCCUGCAGCACAGAUCCAUCCUACGAGGAGCACAGCAGGAAAGGUCCAAGAGCCAGACAGUGAUGAGGAAGAGCUGCCCUGGUGUUGUAUCUGUAACGCGGAUGCUGCUUUGCGAUGUCACGAUUGCGACGAUGACCUGUACUGCAAGAGAUGCUUCAGGGAAGGACAUGAUGAAUGUGACCGGAAGGAGCAUCAAACCUCUGCCUAUCGCCCUCCUCGAAGAAAGAAAGGGAGAUGAAGAUGGCCAAGUUAUGAUCAUGAUUUGUUUACUUGGCGCAGGAAAUGCAGAAAACUUCACAAAAAUAAAGACAUACUGUAAAAUUAUAUGUAUACACCUAAACCUGUUGUCUCUAAUUUAUGGCUCUCUAGCAGCUGCAAAUCUACAACUGUCAGGGCUUGGUGGGAGUUGUAGUUGUUGGAGAAUCAGCGUUUUGGGACCGGUGGUCUAGAC